CCUUAACAUCUACCACUCUGGGAGGACGGAAGGUGGGAGUAGGUGGCAAUGGAAGUUGUCCUGAGGAAGAAGGCUAUUUGGGGUGGGCGGAGGGCCGGCUCUGCUCGGUCCAUGAGAGGAAAGGAGAGGCUUGAAGGAGUGGGAGGAAAAGCCCAGGGGUCAAAGACCCACCAGGAAAGAGAAACCGGUCGGCUCAGGCUGCAGUCCCAGAGGAGGGUAGGCCUCUUUCGGUGAAUCACCUCCAGGCUUAAGGGCACCUACGGUUGCCAGGUGGGCUAGCGGGUGGGGACAGAGGCACCCAUGUGCCUUAAUCUUCUGCCCAUCCUAGUCCAUGGGAGCAUAAAACCGGCUUGCGAGAUCAUUUCCUCACUGACUCAGUCGUGAAGAGUCCAAGAACGAAAAUGUGCUGAAAUCCUCUCUAUCUGCAAAAAAGAGCUAAGAACUGAGGAAGAUGGUUCAGCACAGGCUACGUUACGCUUCAAGGAGCUUUCGACCUGUCCCGCCGCCGCCUGCUCAUUUCUCUCUCUCUGUUUCCGAGCCGCGGCUUCUCUCUCGGGGUGGCCGCCGGGCGGCUGUGCGCGGGGGAUGCUCUUACAUAACCGCUCGCCGCGUCCUGCUCUCUCGCGCGCUCCUGAGCCGCGGGGUGGGAGAGCCGGGGAUCGCGAUGGGGCCCCGGCUGCUGCUGCGGGGCCCGGACCGCCCCUGCGGAGAGAGGAGUGCGAGAAGCCGCAGGAGGAGGGCGCGAAAGGCGGAGGGGGAGGUGAAGGCUGCACUGCCGCUCCUCCUGCUAUGAUGCCUGGGCAGAUCCCAGACCCUUCCGUGACUGCGGGCUCUCUGCCCGGGCUCGGGCCCCUGACCGGACUCCCCAGCUCGGCCCUGACUGCGGAGGAGCUGAAAUACGCCAACAUCCGCAGCAUCGGGCCCAUGAUCGCCCCCUUGCACUUCCUGGAGGUGAAACUGGGCAAGAGGCCUCAACCCGUGAAGAGUGAGCUAGACGAGGAAGAGGAGCGGAGGAAAAGGCGCCGGGAAAAGAACAAAGUUGCGGCAGCUCGUUGCAGGAAUAAGAAGAAGGAGCGGACGGAGUUUCUGCAGCGGGAGUCUGAGCGGCUGGAGCUCAUGAAUGCGGAGCUGAAGACCCAGAUCGAGGAGCUGAAGCAGGAGCGGCAGCAGCUCAUCCUGAUGCUGAACCGGCACCGCCCCACCUGCAUCGUGCGGACCGACAGCGUUAAGACCCCUGACUCAGAAGGCAACCCGCUGCUGGAGCAGCUGGACAAGAAGUGACCAUGGGCUGGGAGGAGGAAGAAGAGGAGGAGGAGGAGAUGGGGAGAAGGAGAGGGAGGAGGGUCCCAGAUGGCCCUUCUUUGCUGCACGAAAAACUUUUGGAUGAGGCUCAGCACAGCCAGCAUCGGCCGCGCUUUUUUUGUGAAACUCCUGUCAGCCGCACCAGGGGAAGAGCAGGCUGAUGAAACCCAGGACCAAGCGCUGAGACCAAAGUAGCCCCGAGGGUGGGGCUGUCCUGCCUGGGGCCAGGCUGGAAGGAGGCAGGACAGAGGCUCUGGGCCGGAGAGACGCCCAACCAGGCAGCUGUGGGCACUUCUCCGGCCUGUCCUCCUGGGCACCCACCCAAGGGACCUCCGAGCAGCCAGGAAAAGCCAUGAGUUGCAACCAGGAUGCGGCUGAGGAUGGAACUCAGAGUGAAACUGCAAUCUGCCUGCCCCCGCCCCUGCCCCUGCCCCUGCCCCUGUGCAGAGCUGGAGAGGGGCAGUGCCAGGCCCUGCUGCACCCGCUCACCAUGGUCCAGCACGGUCCUGCCCGGAGUGGCAGCCGGGGCGCACCCUCGCCGGCCCUGCUGGAGUCGCUGUGGGCACGAGGCGCGGGCGCCCUUCCAAAGCACAUACUCACUGAAUGUUUACAGACUGGCUGUCCUGGCAGGGCUUUCAACUGCACAUGUUUUUUUAUACUUUCUUUUUUUUUUUAAUAUUUUUUACAAAAAAAAAAAGAUUUUAUACAAGCAAUAUAUAUAUGGAUUUCUAUAAUCACUCGACGUGAUACAGUAUAAAUAUGCUAUGGUUUGUUGGUUACGAACAGAUACUCAGCAGUUAUGGCCGUCGUUUGUAACUCCUAAGUACUGUAGUCUCUGGGCGUGGGGGGGGCCGGGGCGGGGG